GGGCGCCGCAGCUUCCUGCCAAGCACCGCGCAGCCGCCUCCGCCGCAGGAUCCCCCGGUGCAGGCCUCCGUGCUGGUGCGGAUCCUGGGGCUCAGCCGCACGCGCCCUGCCGGAUCCUGUGCCGACCCACCGCACUAUGCGCGCGGUGCUGCCGGCCGCUCCGCUCCUGCCGCUGCUGCUGCUCGCGCUCCUGGCAGCUCCUGCCGCCCGCGCCAGCAGAGCCGAGUCCGUCUCCGUGCCGCGGCCAGAACCCGAGCGCGAGUCGCGGCCACCUCCCGGCCCGGGGCCCGGGAACACCACCCGGUUUGGGUCUGGGGCGGCGGGCGGCAGCGGCAGCUCCAACAGCAGCGGCGACGCCUUGGUAACCCGCAUUUCCACCCUCCUCCGCGACCUACCCACCCUCAAGGCGGCCGUGAUCGUGGCGUUCGCCUUCACCACCCUCCUCAUCGCCUGCCUGCUGCUGCGCGUCUUCAGGUCAGGAAAGAGGUUAAAGAAGACCCGCAAGUAUGAUAUCAUCACCACUCCAGCUGAGCGAGUGGAAAUGGCGCCACUAAAUGAAGAGGAUGAUGAGGAUGAGGACUCCACAGUAUUCGACAUCAAAUACAGGUAAAACCUGUUUCCCAGUCUGUUGGCAUCCUGUGGAAAGUUGGUCAGCUGCAACCUGGGGUGUGAAGACCUGGAAGCCCUCUCGCGUCAGAGGUGUUGAAACCAAAACGAAUGUUAUGUAUAAAACCCCAGCUCCAUCGUGGGUGUCAGACGUCUGCUCAGAGUGUCACUGGCAAGCUCGUUUCCACAUCACCACAACGGAGUUGCUUCUGCCACCCUUUGGGCGCCCCUUUAAAGUAUCCCCCAUUUCUACUCCCCGUGUAAGAGGCUUUGUGCCUUGCUAUGGAGCAAAGGGUAGAAACAUGUUGAUUUUAAAAAAGUGUUUUUAAGACAAUUGUUGACAAUAGUAAAAGAGAUCAGGAGGAUCAAGAAUCUAAAACAAGCCUGAAGGAUGUCCAACUGUGUAUUUAGAAUUUCUGACAUUCUUCUCUACUGGAUCUACACAUUGGACCCCGUCUGAUCCUUUGCUGUUUUUUUGGCUUGGUCAGGUCCUGGCCUCAUUUUGGCAUUACCCGUGUCAGAGUUCAAGGUGGAUGUGCUUAGAGCUGGUCAGCCCCUUCCAGACCUGGACAUGUCUGUGGUUCCUUUCCAUCCCUCCCUCCCUCCCUCCCUCCCUUCUCUCUCUCUCUCUCUCUCUCUCUCUCUCUCUCUCUCUCUCUCUCUCUCUUCCUUCCUUCCUUCCUUCCUUCCUUCCUUCCUUCCUUCCUCUUUCUUUCUUAAAAAAAAAGGUUCAGCAGAAAUCAGCAUGGCUACUUCACAAAGAAUUUCUAGUAUCAGGGAGAAACUGUGUCUGUGUGCACUUGUGCUCACAUGCACAUGUGUGAUAAAAGUUUCUCCUUCUCUGAAGGGAAAGGAAAGUGCUAGGCAGCUUGUGAUUAGCAGCAUUCUUUGUGCUUUUUUGUUGUCCCUCUGCUCUGUCACAGUUCUACGUUGUUUGCAUUAGAAAUGUAAUUUUUAAAAACCAUUUUAAAAAUGAACGGUGAUUCAGCUGGCUGGAAAAAAGCACACUGUCAGGGGACUAUAUUUGAAGUCAGUCUAGACUGGGCUGGACUAGAAACCCACCUGGACCCAGGAGACCCAACAAGACCCAGGAGGUCCCUGCAGGAAGGCAGAGGUUCAGGUGAGAGUGGCUCACCUCUGAGCUGGUGAAGUGAGGACUCGCUGGUGAUGUGACCCAGAGAUCUGCUGCUGGCUUCUGGAGACAGGGCCUUGGGCUGACUUCUCAGGUUGAUUGAGGCCUCCCGACUAGCAGUAUUCCCAGGCUAGAGGUGAUUGGCUGCAACAAAGAUGCUUCUAUUAGUCUAUUAGCAGUGCCUUUGGGACCCUGGGAUUUUGCUGUCUCUAGAAAUGUGUUUUUUAUUUUUUAAUUUUUUAUUUCCCCCUUUUUUCCUGGCAUUGCUCCAGGGUUUGUGUAUUUGCCUGUUUGUUGUCCUACUCUCUUUUUUUGGAUGAAAACUCCAGCCUUUCCUGACUCACCUCCAUCUUCAGGUUCUUCAGUUUUCUGAGAAGAGUGGGGAUAUGUGGGAAGGGGCAUGGGAGCUCGGCAGCCUCCACCUGCCAGGAAGGCAGUCUGGCCUCUGCAGGAAAGAGCAGAGCCCGUGGGAAGCCCUGCGUGAGCAUGGCGCAGCCGGCCCACCACGCAUGGCAUUGCCAGCCACGGGGGAUCUGCGUGUAGUCUCUGCUCCCUGCAUUUCACCUUCUUUGUUGACUUUCCUUCUCUAUUUUCCCCCAUCUGUUUGCCAGAGGGGUGGAACUGGCAACAGAACAGCCGUGGCUGCUUUAUCUCUCCUCUCCACGGUAUACUCAGGCCUGAGUGGUGACUCACAGGAGCCCAGCCACCUCGCAGCUGUUCGCCCCCUCAACCUUUGAACUGGAACUGCUGGCUCAUACAGGGUUUUCGACAACUGCAGCUGAAUCUCAUGGAAAAGCUGGAUUCCUCUGCCUUACGCAGAAAUACCCGGGCUCCAUCCGCCAGGGGCUUGCCACUGGUCCUGGUAGAAGUGGCAGCUGCUGAGAGUGACCUUCCAAAUCCUUGGUGGCACUUCAGCACUACAGGCUCUCCAAUAAAAACCCUUUAGACACAAA